UGUCGCCCGACGGCCGCAAAAGAGAUUGAGUCCCCCCCUUUUACAGCAGCCGCAAGUGAGGUCACGCCACAGUAACAUCGUGACCCAGCUGUGUGAUUACUGGGCCGUUCCUCUGCCUGGGCCAAUGCUAGAUCUGGAAGUGGUUCCCGAGCGAUCUCUUGGGAAUGAACAAUGGGAAUUCACCUUGGGAAUGCCAUUGGCUCAGGCUGUAGCAAUUCUUCAGAAGCACUGUCGCAUCAUCAAGAAUGUCCAGGUUCUUUACAGCGAGCAGUCUCCUCUUAGCCAUGACCUCAUCCUUAACCUGACUCAGGACGGAAUCAAACUGCUGUUUGAUGCCUUCAAUCAAAGACUUAAGGUGAUUGAAGUUUAUGACUUGACUAAAGUGAAGUUAAAAUAUUGUGGUGUACAUUUCAACUCUCAGGCUAUCGCUCCAACCAUAGAACAAAUUGAUCAGUCAUUUGGAGCAACACACCCAGGAGUGUACAACUCAGCGGAGCAACUUUUCCACCUCAACUUCAGAGGACUGUCUUUUUCCUUUCAGUUGGACUCAUGGACUGAAACUCCAAAGUAUGAGCCAAACUUUGCCCACGGCCUAGCUUCUUUGCAAAUUCCACAUGGCGCAACUGUGAAACGCAUGCACAUCUACAGUGGAAACAGUCUGCAGGACACCAAGGCUCCCAUGAUGCCCCUCAGCUGUUUCCUUGGAAACGUUUAUGCAGAGAAUGUCGACGUUCUGAGAGAUGGAACUGGACCCUCAGGUUUACGGCUUCGCUUACUCACUGCAGGUUGCGGUCCUGGCGUAUUAGCAGAUGCCAAGAUGCGGGUAUUUGAGCGCUGUGUGUAUUUUGGUGAUUCGUGCCAAGAUGUUCUGAGCACUUUGGGGUCUCCUCACAAAGUCUUCUACAAGUCAGAAGAUAAGAUGAAAAUUCAUUCGCCCUCCCCUCACAAGCAGGUUCCUUCCAAAUGCAAUGACUACUUCUUCAACUACUUCACGCUUGGGGUGGAUAUCCUUUUUGAUGCAAACACCCACAAAGUGAAGAAAUUUGUCCUGCACACUAAUUACCCUGGUCACUACAACUUCAACAUUUACCACCGUUGUGAAUUCAAGAUUCCCCUUGCUAUUAAACGAGAUAGCACCGAUUCACAGAUGGAAACAUGCACAACAUAUAGCAAGUGGGAUAAUAUUCAGGAUCUUCUUGGACACCCAGUGGAGAAGCCAGUGGUACUUCACAGGUCAUCCUCCCCAAACAACACAAACCCAUUUGGAUCAACGUUUUGUUUUGGACUGCAGCGGAUGAUAUUUGAGGUGAUGCAGAACAACCACAUAGCGUCCGUUACUCUGUACGGCCCAGCAAGACCCAGCAGCCAAUUGAAAACGUCUGAUCUUCCCCAGUGAGCGAUAUCGGCUAAUCGAAAUGCUACAAGAUUAGUACAGCGUGCCUUGAUCUGCUGCCACUAAUAAUAUAGACAAGCACGGUAUGAUGGAUUCCCCCCCUCUUCCUUUGGUGUUUAAAGCUGCCUCUCACUGCUGAUGCAUGGAGCAGGCUGGAGAAUCUUCUCAACAGUUCAUCAGAGGGCAUGGAACUUCUGCUGGAGGUGAGCCGUUGGUCCCCGUUGCCGUUGGCUUUUCUUCCUCUUGGUUAUCCUCAUCCUUUUAUGGCACAGAUGUAAACAGACUGGUCUGUCUUUCCUGAGCUGGAAGAAGGAUGAGCUUAAAGAGAGAGUGCACACAAAUGACUGCACCACUUAGAAGCACAAACUUUCUGAGCCUUGGAGCAUCUGGAAGCAGGUAUUGGAGAUAUAUAUAUAUAUAAAUAUAUAUAUUUGUGUUUUUUGUGUUAACUGUACCUAUGUGGUGAAAACGCUUUUAAAAGACAACAAAGGGUGUGUGUGUGUGUGUGUGUGUGUGUGUGUGUGUGUGUGUGUGUGUGUGUGUAUACACAGUCAGAAAUAUAUCUAUUUCUGAGGCUUACAACAUCGUACCAAAUGUGACAAGUAUGUAUAUACAUGUCCAUGAUUUCAGGCACCACGUUUUUUUAAUAUACCGUUGAAAACAAGCACGGAGCAGCAUGUGCAUAAAACUUGGUUGUAACAUUUUUUUUUGCACUACAUACACUUUAAUUACUUGAUAAGACGUUUUAAUCUUCAUUGAGGAGCAUCUGUGUACGGGGUGUGAGUGGCGGUGCAACAGUUUAUUUAAUUGUUUGCCACACAAAGCUUAUUUAUACAGUGGGGUAGAAUAACCCACCUUUUCUGCACUAAUAUUUACUUGACAUGCUGAUACAACUUUUUUUUCCCCCUGUCACACCUGGUUAACUGAUUUGUGUUUUUUUUUGUAGUUUCCAGAAGGAAAACAGUAGUCAAGUAAAUUAUUCCUAUGGUUUUUUUUCUUACUGGUUUUGAUAGCAUUUUUCUUUUUAAGGGGGGCGGGGGGAAGCAUUCAGUCCUGUAAGAGCAAAUAUGGUUAUCUUGUCUAGCAACUCUGUGAAACUCAUAUCAGAUUAGAAUUUCAUAAUUCCUCAUGCUGUAGUUGAAGAACUGGAGGGGGCAUCUCUGCUAAUGUCACCCGCCCAGGUCUCUCUGAAAUGAAUGGAAGUUGCACUGCCUUAUUCAAGCGAAGCAUCCCAAAUGGGGCUUCCAUUGGGACCCCAUCUGGGCGGAUCGUGCCCUUAGUUGUUAUACAGCACAGUAGAGGGAGAGGAGAGUGCCUUGGCUCCCCCUGCCCCUCCCAUUACUUUGGAUGUCUUUAUUUAAUGCCAAAAUGUUAGCCAAAGAGAUCUUCUAAUCAAGUUUCCACAUUCUGUACAUAUAUAGCAACACUGCGCACCCCACCCCACCGUCCUCAGCAGACAGGUUUCAACUGCUUCCGGUUUAAAGAGAUGCUUCUCCCCAGUCAUUAUCCAAGGAGGCGAUUGCUGGGCUUCGUAGCUCUCUUGCCAGUCUUAUUGUGGGGAAAGUUAGAGAGUCUGUCAUCUUUGAAAAAUUAACCUUUUUUUUAAAAUGAUGGAGUGUGAGAGACAAAUGUAUAAUUUAAUCCCAUUUUUUAAUAUUUUGGUGUAGCAACUUGUGAUAUAUAUUAUAGAAAAAAAAUUGUGAGUUUUACAAAUGUGUGUACAGAUUUUGUAAAUAUAAACUUUUUUUGUAAUUUUAACUCCAUGUACAGUGUAAUCCUGUAUAGUUUAUCAAGAAAUGAGGGAUAGGAAAAUUUUAGAAAGUUGAACUAAACGUUUUUGGAUCCUGGACCAGUAGCAGGGAUACAUGUAGUGUGCGUGUGUGUGUGUGUGUUUUGUGGGUGUGCAAGGUCUUUUUUUUUUGGCCCUUCCUUCUUCAUGUAUACUGUGACAUUCUAUACUGCUUUACUUAAAAAAAAAUAAAGGAAAGCCCCACUGAGAAUUUAAUGGACAAAGGAAAAGAAAAGUUUACCUUUAUUUCUAGAUGUUUCUCAUUUUCUGCACAAUGUUCUUUUCCCCCUAUGAUCAUUGCUUGCUGAGAAUUCUCUCCACUCCCCUUUCUCUUGAUGCUUUCUUACACAAAUUCUGUUUUUCAUAGCCAUUCUGUAAAGUCUAUAAAAUAAUUAGCAUGUACAUUGAAAGGACAAAUAAAAUGAGACUCGGUUACUGUGUUGUUUAAAUACAGUUGCCGGGAGUGUGUAUUUUGCAAUGAAA